GGGGGGGGGGUUCGUUUUACCGGUGUUUGGGAAUGAUUAUUGUUUCGCACAGCGUCUGUUUUUUUUCAUCAUCUCUUUUCCUUUACUCUUUGGUGGGUGGGAGGAGUACAUAUUGUUUUCCAUCAUUCUUGCUUUUUUGCGUUGCAUAUCAUCCUGCGAGCGUUUGCUUUGUUUUACUUUACUCAUCUGUUCUGUCUUCCUUCUUCUACUUCUUGUUUUUAUCUGCUACUGCUACUACGUACUUUAAUACUGGGCGGGCGGGGUGGGGGUGCUUUGGAGUUGCUUGGGGGUAUCAGUUGCCGGUGUUUAUCUGGAUGGGAUGGGAUCGGAUGGGUCGGAUGGGAUGGGAUGGGUGGAUGGAUAGGACGGUCUGGCGAAAAAGGGGAAAUGGGUUUCUGUUUUAUUUCCUUACGGGGUUGGGCAUGGGAUAUGGGAUAUGGGAGGAGAUCUGGAUGGGAUGGACUGGUUGGAUGGGAUGGGAUGGACUGGAUGGAUGGAUGGAGGCAGGAUCGGGGUUGUACAAUUAGUAGAGAGCAACGUUAGAAGAGUCUCAAUUACAGUGCUCAUUCUUACCUACCUGCCUACCAUGCUCUGCCUACUCUGUGAUAUGAUAGCUUGAUACCGGUACCUUGAUUCGAUAUGAUAUCGUGAAGUGGUG